AUGGAGGAGAGGGACCUCAGCCAACAGGUGAAGGACGCCAUUGACGAUGGAGGAGAGGGACCUCAGCCAACAGGUGGAGUCAACCCCACACCCUACAAGCCCACACCCUACAAGCCCACACCCUACAAGCCCACACCCUACAAGCCCACACCCUACAAGCCCACACCCUACAAGCCCACACCCUACAAGCCCACACCCUACAAGCCCACACCCUACAAGCCCACACCCUACAAGCCCACUCCCUUCAAGCCCACACCCUACAAGCCCACACCCUACAAGCCCACACCCUACAAGCCCACACCCUACAAGCCCACUCCCUUCAAGCCCACACCCUACAAGCCCACACCCUACAAGCCCACACCCUACAAGCCCACACCCUACAAGCCCACACCCUACAAGCCCACACCCUACAAGCCCACUCCCUUCAAGCCCACACCCUACAAGCCCACACCCUACAAGCCCACACCAUACAAGCCCACACCCUACAAGCCCACUCCCUUCAAGCCCACACCCUACAAGCCCACACCCUACAAGCCCACACCCUACAAGCCCACACCCUACAAGCCCACUCCCUUCAAGCCCACACCCUACAAGCCCACACCCUACAAGCCCACACCCUACAAGCCCACACCCUACAAGCCCACACCCUACAAGCCCACACCCUACACCUUGCCUAUAUACGCGCCUAUAAUAACUUGGAUCAUUUGUAUAUAUUUAUAA